AGGUACUCUCUAUUAAUUCUUUCCGGGGCAAAAAAAAAUUGCACACCCAUGAAUGUGAGCUAACGGGUCUGAGAAUUUCAUCUAAAAGCAGCCGAAAGAAAACAUAGAGAAGCAUUUAAACACGCCCAUCAUAAAAUUCCAACUUUAUCAUUCUGUAACUCCAUGACACAGCAAUGCCGGGGCUUAGUUGUCGGUUCUAUCAGCAUCGCUUCCCUGAGGUGGAGGAUGUGGUGAUGGUGAACGUGAGGUCCAUCGCUGAGAUGGGAGCCUAUGUCAGCCUUCUGGAGUACAACAACAUCGAGGGCAUGAUCCUCCUGAGUGAGCUGUCCCGCAGACGUAUUCGCUCCAUCAACAAGCUCAUCCGCAUCGGUCGCAACGAAUGUGUCGUCGUCAUUCGAGUUGACAAAGAGAAAGGAUACAUCGAUUUAUCUAAAAGAAGAGUUUCUCCAGAAGAGGCCAUCAAGUGCGAAGACAAAUUUACUAAAUCUAAGACCGUGUACAGCAUCCUGCGACACGUGGCUGAGGUGUUGGAAUACAGUAAGGAUGAGCAGCUUGAGAGCUUGUACCAGCGAACCGCCUGGGUCUUUGAUGAGAAGUACAAGCGGCCGGGAUACGGCGCUUACGAUGUCUUCAAACAGGCCGUAUCAGAUCCCACCAUCCUGGAUGGUUUGGAUUUAACAGAAGAGGAAAGGGGUGUGCUAAUUGACAACAUCAACAGGCGACUCACUCCCCAGGCAGUCAAAAUCAGAGCAGACAUUGAAGUGGCGUGCUAUGGGUAUGAGGGCAUUGAUGCAGUGAAAGAAGCUCUGCGAGCUGGACUUGGUUGCUCCACAGAAGCCAUGCCCAUAAAGAUCAACCUGAUUGCUCCUCCUCGGUAUGUGAUGACAACGACCACUCUGGAAAGGACAGAGGGACUGUCUGUCCUCAACCAAGCUAUGGCUGCUAUCAAGGAGAAGAUCGAAGAAAAGAGAGGCGUUUUUAACAUUCAGAUGGAGCCCAAAGUGGUGACUGACACCGAUGAGACUGAAUUGGCCCGACAGCUGGAGAGGUUGGAACGAGAAAAUGCAGAGGUGGAUGGAGAUGAUGAUGCUGAGGAGAUGGAGGCCAAAGGAGAAGAUUAAAGUUGGUAUUCCUGCGAAGGAAGGAAAGUGUAUUGGCCAUUGUGAGCAGUUACUUUAACUCAUGUUCCAGUUUGUCCCAGAAGUAAAACCAAGAUGGACACAAGCAGCGGUAUAGUUUCUAUUUAUCUGGGUAACUAAAAGCUGUUUAAGAGCAGUGGCCUACACUUACCUGUUUAUGAGCUCCUUUCUCUGGUUACGGCGGAUUAAAGGCUCAUCUGCGGGUGACUGGAUGUGAGCGUCAUCUUCCAGUUCCUGGGUGUUCAUUAUUUCAUGUGGAAUCAAUAAAGCUCUGGAGACUCAA